UGACGGGGUUUUGUGCACUUCGAGCGCCCCCUAACCGCUAGGUCAUACUAGGCCUACUCACAUUAUACUCCAUAUUUGUAAAGCUGUGUUACGUCUGAUGAUAUAUACUUCGUGUAAUUUAUCGGUUUGUAUUGAUGGUGUCACAUGGCACAACAGAUUAAUAUAGCUUAAAUUCAUAUUUUGGUGGAUGUUAACGAUAAUAUAUCUUGUGUAGUCAGUUGUUUUCUUUUCGAUAGUUUCAAUAAGUUUUUCAAUUCUGUAGUUUCUUCUUAUGUGGCGACUUGCGGCUAAGUAUCAGCAUCUUUCAGAAACAUCGGUGGGUGCUGAGUUGUACCAGAUCAUGAAGGAUCACGUCCUCGAGCCAUCUUCCUCAGAUGUCGGUAGACAAGAAGUUAAGUCGAAACCCUGUUGCGCAAAGCAUAAGGACACUUACGACAAGGAAGGUUACGAGGAAAUAGUAGAUCCUGUUCAGAGAGCCAAGAAGUCUAAAUUGGAGAGGUACUCGAUGGUGGCUGAUAGAAUAAAGCGAAGAAAAAGACCCACUACGAAAAGAGAAUGGCUAGAUAUUUACCGGGAAAUCUUCAAAGGAAUUGGAAUCCCAAAUGAUAAACUGGAAAAUCGUGACUCUUGGUUUUCUGCGCGUAAAAAACCAACAAGAAAUAUAGACCUAUCGGAGGAAUCUGAUAUGAUAAAGGACUUCUGGACAGCUGGACAUCGAGGAAUAUCCGAAGGAAUUCAUCCGUCAAGAGAUGAAUCCACGAAAAUAACUAAUCGUCUAGCUUCAAAACAAGACAAAGUGGGAAAACCAGGAAAACCAUCCAGCAGUGGUAGUCCUUUGGAAAUAUUGGAGGAAAUAUUUGAAGGGGCAGGAUAUCCCAGAGAAGAAGCCAACCGGAAGGCUGCUUGGAUCAAUAUACAUAGAGUGAUAUUUCAACAAACUGGAUACUCAAAAGAAGAAGCGUGUAAAAUAGCUGUUCUAUUAGCUAUAAACCGUGAGAUUUUCGAAGGAUCGGGACAGUCUAUUAACGAAGCUGUAAGAAGGGCUGCUUGGUUAGCCAUGCAUAGAGAUACUCUGGAACGAACCGAUAUUCUGACUGAGGAGGCUGCCAGAAGUACUGCGUGGCUGUCUUUGUGUCGAGAACUUGUGGAGAAUGAGACUACGUCAAAAAGCUAAGUUAUAUCCAGCCAUAUAUCUCAAUACUAUUACUUGUUUCUCAGUAUUUUUUUUUAUAAAACUAA